AUGUGCAUUGAAGACUAUAUGACUAUACACCAGCAGUGAUAUAAAUUUGUGAGUGAGUGAUUUUUCUGCAACUUGCUCUACAAAAAGGAUCGUUUAGCUUACGGGCAACAUCAUUUAUAAACCAGCUACCGUACAGUAAACAAGUCAGCACACAAAAAACCAGCAUUUAUUAAAUCUUGCUAAAUUUGAAAACAAAAUUAUUAAUAAAAGUAACGACGUAAAAAAUGGCAGUUGAUGGACAAAAAUUCAUGACAAAAACCCAACAUUAUCGUAAAGUUACGAAACCUUUGUUAGAACGGAAACGUAGAGCCCGCAUGAAUCUGUAUUUGGAGGAACUUAAAGAAUUAAUAGUGGAUACCAUGGAGCAGCAGGGUGAACAUGUCAACAAAUUGGAAAAAGCCGAUAUACUUGAAAUGACAGUUAGUUAUUUGAGAAAUCAAAAAGGAGCCGGAGCUAAUGAAACUACCACAAAUGACUUAACAAAACGUCCUUUAAAUGUGGAAAAAUUUCGCGAGGGUUAUACCCAGGCAGCAUAUGAGGUAUCCAAAGUAUUCUCUACAGUACCAGGAUUAAAUGUAGACUUUGGCACUAGACUCAUGAAACAUUUGGGUUAUCAACUUAAGGAUUUAAAACAACAAUUGUUUGCAACUAACAAUAAUAAACAACAGCAACAACCCUUAAUUAUGAAAGAUCAAGAUAAUAAUAAUCAUUUGGAUAUAAAAGGUGAAGAUGUUUGGCGUCCUUGGUAAAUGAUUUAAAGGACUUUUAAACAAAACAUUUCAUAUGCUUUAAAACCUUAAGACAGGAAAUCCAAGAUAUGAAAUUAUUUUAAUGAUUUAUCAAGCUUUAUUAGUAUUUAAGAAAAUCGCAACUUCCAGUUUCAAAUAUUGAUGUACAAUUUAUUAUUAAUUUUAUUUUAAUUAUGUUUAAUUUUAUUUAUGUUUAUUUAAUUGUUUGUGAUAUUUUGUGAUAGUUUUAAGUUAUUGCCGUCGGAGUUUUAUCUUACAAGCUUUAAGGAUCUCUUUACAUUUAAAAGUAUUCCGUUUAUGGUUUAAGUUUGUAUUUUAAUAAUUAAGUUUCAUAAUGAUCUUCCACUUAUAUUUGAUUUAAUUAAAUAAAAAUGUAUAUUGAUUAGAACAA